AUGGAUCCCCAUCAAAAACCACCGGAUGAUGAUGCUUGUAUGAUUGAUGUGCCCAUAAUGGAACAAGAAAAUCAUGAGAAUCAAGGGAACCGCAUUAGGACAACACAAAUCAAGCAAACUUUUAGAGAAGCAGUGGCGCACUCGUUGCAAUGGUUUUUAGAGGCCAAAAAGAUCAUCAACACGUCUAUGGAAUGGGAAGAACAAGAGGAGUUACCUCCACAAGAGGAUAUGGCAGUGCAAUUCAGUAAGAUCACUUUGGACAGAUUUGGCCAAUCAGAUGACUAUGAGAAAGCGUUGUUCGGAGGGCCAUGGUUUAUCAUGGAUCAUUAUUUGAUGAUGACUACAUGGAAACCGAAUUUCAGACCGUCGAUAAACAGUUUUGAUAACAUGUCAGUUUGGAUUCGAAUCGAGGAACUACCAGUAGAGUAUUAUGACAAAGAAGCUUUAUUCGAGAUAUCGAAGAUCAUCGGAAAACCAAUAAGGGUGGAUUACGCGACGGACAAAGUCACCAGAGCCAGGUUUGCCAGAGUUUGUGUUGAUCUUGAUUUGUCAAAACCCCUUGUGACACGUGUCUGGGUGGGAGGGCAUUGGCAAUCAAUUUUAUAUGAAAAUCUAUCAACGUUGUGUUUUGCAUGUGGAAAAGUGGGACACGUAAAACACAUGUGCCCAACAUAUGAGAUCAGGCCCAGUGAAACAAAUCAGUUCCAAGGAGGUGAGCAAGGUCAAAAACAAUUGGAGAUAGCUAGCCCAUUAGGAAAUGCAAUCAAUACCCUGCGUCAAAAGGACAACACAAUCAUAGAUGGAGUUAUACAGGACAAAGAUGGGCAGGAUAAGUAUGGGCCUUGGAUUAUGAUCCAACAAAAAAGAAACAACAAGUCCAACAGGGGAAAACAAAGGGACGAAAACACCAGAAUUAACGAGUAUAAAAAAAGGAGGAAUGGGAAGGGAAGGAAUUAA